AGACGCGCUGAUAUCACGCAGUUGCGUAAUUUGAAUAGGAGAGAAUGAGCGUUUGACAGCUGCUCGUACAGAUUGUUUCGAAACAGAAUAAUACAUAUGCUAAAUUUAUUUGUCAAAGAUUUCGGAUAGAUAGACUGUAUCGCUUUUAUGGCCGCUGCCGUGAGGAAUAAUGUUUGGGUUGCUCCGGGGCAGCAGGACGCGCAGUUCCACCACACACCCACCGCACCACUGCCAGCUGACGGUCGGAGAGGUGAAGAUCAUGGACAAGAGCUCUGUAACACGAGGGAUGCUAUCCCGGGAACGUCGUCCUUUCAGGAUUAUAAUUUGGGUAAAUCAGAGAUGGACAGCUACUUGUGUCCACAGGAUACAGUAAAUUCCAAAACGUUGUGUAGAGACAGCGUUAUCGCACUGGAGCCAUCUUUCAGCGAAGACUUUGCAUCCCCUUAUAGUGUCAACAUGAACUUGUUCCUUCCUGAAGUCACAUACCUGCAUCCUGGCCUCUGCAGGGCAAUGAAACCCAUCAAAACAGAGUCUUCGCACCCCCUGAUCCCUCCCACCUGCCAAGGUAAUGGAGUACCAACAACUCUCCCAGAAUACCCAGGCGUUUUUAGAGCAGCUGACAGUGCUAGCAGUGGUUUUAUCAUAAAACAGGAAGCGCCAGAUUUCCAGGACGUUCCCCUGUUUCAACUUUUGAACUCUGAUUUGGAGCAGCUUGCUCAUGGAUCUCAGAUGAACUCCAUCUCCAUAGCUCCAUUAAGUCUUCCACUGGGGAAUGCAUUGCAGAAUUCUCCCACACCUCCAAACAGCCUGCAGAAUGAAUGUUUUCAUUUUACUCACCACUUAGGUCAUCAGCUCAGAUCCACCUGUUUCCCACCAUCUCCACCAAACUCUGAGCCCCCAAGUCCAGACAGGGGCAAAGAGCUCCUUCACAAUCUCUCCCCGCCUCCCUCCUAUGAAGCCAGCAUUGCCUCUAAGUUAACUUUUCAGGCCCCCAGUUCCAUUGAUCCUGGACAGACUUACAACAUGGCACCAAGCGCAAAUCAAGACCAAAAUUACACUGCUGGAUUUGUCAAAAGCCCAAGUGCUGGACCAGUCCAGCAUACAAGUAUGACAACAGGUAUUGGCCCAUUGUCCCCAGUGUUGGCCCAGUCGGCUCCGGCUAAGUACAAUCGGAGGACUAAUCCUGAUCUGGAAAGACGGAGGAUUCACCACUGUGAUAUGCCAGGCUGCAAGAAAGUGUACACAAAGUCCUCUCAUUUAAAAGCCCAUCUGCGGACUCACACAGGUGAGAAGCCGUACCAGUGCUCCUGGGAGGGAUGUGAAUGGCGCUUUGCUCGUUCUGAUGAGCUGACACGCCAUUUCAGGAAACACACUGGGUCAAAGCCUUUCCAGUGUGGAGUGUGCAGCCGCUGUUUCUCCCGCUCCGACCACCUGGCCCUACACAUGAAGAGGCACCAGAGCUAGAAAUGCUCCCCUCCCUAAAACAUAUCAAGUCAGUCUUUUUGUUGUUGAGUGCACAUGGACAGAAUUAUGGCACUAAUUAAAAACGAUGGUGUAGUCCGCUUAUCCUCAAGUGGAGACACACUGAGGGGCACUCGUCCACCACUAAUAGUCUCUUAUAAAGUAAAAAUAUUAAAUUAUUAUUGUUGCCUUAUUUAAUUUCCACACAAAUGCCUCAUUAUUUGGGGGUAUUUGUAAAUGUUUCAGUCAAAAACCACCAGCCAUGAAUUUCAUACAUAGGUUUUUGAUUGUAAAGAUCACGUCAUACAAACAUUUAUUUGAUAUACUUAAACAGCAAAGUCUAUGUAUGCUACGGACUGGAAGGAAAAGUAUGUUUUUUAGCUAUAGCAGGUCAAAUUGUGCAAGUGUAAUGUAGAGAGUAACGGCAGUUAGUAAAAGUUGUGUGUGAACAAGUCGUGGUCGUAGAUUUCCUGCCAGCAGGUGUUAUGAAUAUUGAAUCAGUGCUGUUUGAGAGCCAUGCGGUGAGCACAGUGCCCACAGCAUGACUUUAACACUGCCAGAUUUAUGGGAUACUUUGCUACAAGGGAAUCUUACUCCAAAGAAGAUCUAUUUUUAUUCAUCUCACUGAAAUAAAAGGAAUAGGUUGGGUAUGAGAUGUUAAUGGUGAUCAUUUGGACAGCACAAUGAAUGUCCUACCCGUUCCGCUACAUUUGUAAUUUCCAGUCAUCGCAGAGAGUGCAGGACAUAAAUCUAAAUGGUGCAUUUUUAUUUUUAUUUUACAUUUUGUACAAAAAGGCUUAACUUAUUGAUUUUUUUCCCCUCUUUUCAUGUUAACUGCAGCUUCCCAGCAAUAUUGCAACAAGUCUUCAGGUAUUAUUUAAAACGUUGAAAACUUCUUUUUAUUGUCAUGAAUCAAUAAACACAGAUUUGCAAAACUUUUUUUUUUUAUGGUUGCUGAUGACGAUUAAGAUCUCAGAUUUUUUUGCAUUAAAAUUAGUGGAUUUUUUUUUACAACUUUCCACAUGUGCCUUCUACUGCUUUCCUGGAUGGGGGGGGGGGUAAAAGCUCAAGUGGGACAGGUACUCUACUCCAAUGUAGGCUCUUCCUCUUUGGCUUCUGUUUGUCUGCUCUUUAUUUGUCUGUUUGUCACCAAUAUUGCAACAACUACUUAAUACACAGGGAGAAAAGUAGAUAACUUCCUAGAUUUGAAUAGCUUUUUUUGUUAAGUUGCAACAUAGGGCAUUGGCCAAUCUCUUUACCAUGACCAAAUUUUAGAAUUUGAAUAUGGUUGAACAAAAUUAAUUUUUAAAGUUUCUUUCAUUUUAAGAUGUAUAUAUUUUGUUACUACUAUUUAAUAAUAAAAUCAAUUUAUUGUUUUUGGGUGCAAAAAGAUUUCAAUUAAUUUUUAUUUUUUUUCAUUUGAAUAAUUUUCUUUGGCAGAGGCCACAAAGAUUAAACUGUUAAUGUAGCAGAAUACAGUAUCACUUUAUCCAGCAAAGAAAACAGCUCAGUGGAUUAAAUGUCAGUAUAUAUACACACAUAUUGCAAUAUUUUGUGUCAAAGUGAAACAAACAUGUAACCAAAACUGAUUAAAUGUUAAAUUGACCCAUAUGACCCUCAAAGUGCAAAUAAAAGUGUUUGUGUUUGUUUUUA